AGCAGGGACACAAGGUGUGGCACGGCAGCGCCAGCCCGGGGAGGGGACAGCGCCGGGGACAGAGCGGGGCUGGCAGCCGGUGCCAACCCCCCGCUCGCCACUCUGAGCGUCCCCUCGCCCACCCUCGCCAGGCCCGGGGAUGGCAGGAAGCCGUCGGGGUUUGUCACUCGCUCUUUGCGGUCGGGAGCCGAGCUGAGAACCGGCUCCUCUUGAGUUUGCUCAUGAGGCAGGAAACCGGGGCAAGGCGGGGAGAGCGGGAGCGGGCGGCAGCGCAGCCGGGCUCGGGGGGCUCCUCUGCGCACCCCGGGGUCCCUCCAGAGCUCGGGGGGCUCCUCUGAGAACCCCAGAGCUCGGGGGGCUCCUCUGGACACCCCAGAAUCCAACUAGAUUUCGGGGAGCUCCUCUGCGCACCCCAGAGUUCGGAGGGUUCUCUCUGCGCACCCCAAAUUCCCACCAGAGCUCGGGGGGCUCCUCUGCGCACCCCAAAAGCUCUCGGGGGGAUGGGGAGGACGUGACGGGCACGGCCCCAUCGCGACAUGGAACUCUGAGCGCGGCCGCUCCUCCCCUCGCUGCCACCAGCCACCAUGGGCUGCUGCUGCAGCUCGGACUACGACGAGGACUGGAUCGAGAACAUCGACAUCUGCGAGCGCUGCAACUACCCCAUCGAGCCGGGCAGCAAGCGCCAGAGGCUGAUCCGCACCGGCUCCGAGGUUCAGGACCCCCUGGUGUCCUACGAGCCCUCGUCACCUCCGCGCUCCCCCAUGCAAGAAAAGCUGGUGGUGGCCCUGUACAACUACGAGCCCAAGCACGACGGGGACCUGGGGCUGCGGAAGGGGGAGAAGCUCCGUGUCCUGGAGGAGAACGGGGAGUGGUGGAAGGCGCAGUCGCUCACCACGGGCCAGGAGGGGCUGAUCCCGCACAACUUCGUGGCUUUGGUGAACAGCCUGGAGCCCGAGCCGUGGUUUUUCAGGAACAUCAGCCGCAAGGACGCCGAGCGGCAGCUCCUGGCCUCGGGGAACACCCACGGCUCCUUCCUCAUCCGCGAGAGCGAGACCUCCAAAGGCUCGUACUCGCUGUCCGUGCGGGACCUGGACGAGAGCCAGGGAGAGACGGUGAAGCACUACAAGAUCCGGAACCUGGACAGCGGCGGCUUCUACAUCUCCCCCCGCAGCCCCUUCGGCAGCCUCAGGGAACUGGUGCAGCACUACACACGCAGCUCCGACGGGCUCUGCUGCCGCCUGGGGAAGCCCUGCCGGACGCAGAAGCCGCAGAAGCCGUGGUGGCAGGACGAGUGGGAGGUGCCGCGGGAGUCGCUGAAGCUGGUGGAGAAGCUGGGAGCGGGGCAGUUCGGAGAGGUCUGGAUGGGAUUGUACAACGGGCACACGAAGGUGGCAGUGAAGAGCCUCAAGGCUGGCAGCAUGUCCCCCAGCGCCUUCCUGGCCGAGGCCAACCUGAUGAAGAAGCUGCAGCACCGGCGGCUGGUGCGGCUCUACGCCGUGGUCACCAAGGAGCCCAUCUACAUCAUCACCGAGUUCAUGGAGAAGGGCAGCCUCGUGGACUUCCUCAAAACCUCGGAAGGAGUCAAGCUCAGCAUCAACAAACUGCUGGACAUGGCAGCACAGAUCGCUGAAGGCAUGGCCUUCAUCGAGGCCAAGAAUUACAUCCACAGGGACCUGAGGGCCGCCAACAUCCUGGUCUCAGACACUUUGUGCUGCAAAAUCGCCGAUUUUGGGUUGGCACGGCUCAUCGAGGAUAACGAGUACACGGCUCGGGAGGGGGCGAAAUUCCCGAUUAAAUGGACCGCACCCGAGGCCAUCAACUACGGCACGUUCACCAUCAAGUCGGACGUGUGGUCUUUUGGGAUCCUGCUCACCGAGAUCGUCACCUACGGCCGGAUCCCGUAUCCAGGGAUGACCAACCCCGAGGUGAUCCAGAACCUGGAGCGGGGCUACCGGAUGCCCCAGCCCGACAACUGCCCCGAGGAGCUGUACGAGCUGAUGAGGCAGUGCUGGAAGGAGAGCCCCGAGGAGCGCCCCACCUUCGACUUCUUGAAGAGCGUGCUCGAGGAUUUCUUCACUGCCACCGAGGGCCAGUACCAGCAGCAGCCCUGAGGUGCCUGCAGCUGGCACAGCUGGUUUGGGGUGCUGGGGGUGCCCCACAUCCCCAUGGACAUCACCCCAGGAACCGGCAGGGAAGAUUUGAAGCGCUGCAGAGCUUGGCAGCUGCCCCCUUCAGAUGGGGAUGGACCAAAUCAGCCCCUCAAAAGGAUGGCCCAGGGAACUCUGCUGGUGCCCAGAGGGUGCCCACCCUGCUGUCCCUGCGUUUUCCAGGGGGCACAUCCAGGCUCCAGCCCCUCAGGAGCUGCCCGGGGGUCACCUCACCCCACUCUGGCUGUGCCCCCUGCGCCCCCCGGUGAUGGCCACUGCACCCCUUGGCCGUGGGACGCUCCUUCUCUCCCCUCAGGCGUUUGCAGGACCCGUCCCACAAUUAUUUUGAGGAAAUAAAAACCUUUUUAGCGGCUGGGA